CAAGGCGGGGGCCGGAGCCGCAGCCCUUCCUGCCGCUGCCUGGUGGAAGGCAACGCGCAGCGUCCCGGCCUGAGAGGACAAGAAAUUAGUCUAGAUGCAGUAAAUAAGGAAGAAGUCAGAAGACAUGGAGGAAAGGAAAAUCAAGAGGAGGAGCCCCAAGUCUUCCACUGCUCACCCUGCUCAGGUUGCCAACUCCAAGAAGAGCUCGGUGCCCGUCAGUAAAAGCACGGCCUUCUCAAACCCUGCGCCACAGCCUGCAGUGCAGAAACCAAAGCUGAAACGAGUAAUAAAAGAAAAGGCCAAACCUCCUGGAGGGGAACCCAAAGGAGCGCAGGCAGCGCCCAUCCAGCAUUCUUUCCUCACCGAUGUAUCAGAUGUCCAAGAAAUGGAAAGGGGGCUUCUCAGUCUCCUGAAUGACUUCCACUCUGGCAAACUCCAAGCAUUUGGAAACGAGUGCUCCAUAGAGCAGAUGGAGCACGUGCGGAGCAUGCAGGAGAAGCUGGCCCGGCUCAACCUGGAGCUCUACGGGGAGCUGGAGGAACUCCCUGAAGACAAAAGAAAACUGGCCAGCGACUCCAACUUGGAUAGGCUACUCUCGGAUCUGGAAGAACUGAAUUCAUCUAUACAAAAGCUGCAUUUAGCAGAUGCUCAAGAUAUUCCAAAUGGUACCACAGGCUGAAAGCUGCUGAUCUCUUUGGGAUUCUCCCAGAAACUUUACUACUGUUUUUCUUACCAUGGAAUCUAGAGUUGUUAUUUGACACAACAAAGAAUCAAAGUGCAAAUUCAGGUGUUUAUUUUUACACGUUCCUCUUUGAGCGCAGCAUUAUGUGAGGACUCACUACCUAGAGAUCUAAUUAUGUUGCUGUGAUGCUGAGCUUUAUAUUACUGCCUUAUUUAAUAGGAAAAACUGUGGGGAAAAAAACAUGGAAGUACACUUCUGCUUGGUGUUCUUCAUAUGUUUGAAGAGAGGUAUGUAUAGAAGUUCACUCGUCUUUCCCAGGUUGGGUCAAGGKAGCAGGGGCGCUGCCUUUCUGAUCGAUACGUAGACAAUCUGCACACUGUCUCCAGUGUGUCUUGCUGACCAGUGAUGCUACUGAGUUUAUAUUAAUUUAUUAAUAAGAGACACUUUAAGUACAUGGUGUGCUUUACUUAGAGGAGUUGCUAUCUCUUCAGCUGUGUUAAGAUGUGACCUCUUGCAUGGUCUGAAUGUUUGCAUUGACUCUUCCACUGCUCUGAAUAACUGUAAAACGUCACUAAAUCAGAACUCUCUUGGAGUCUAGCAGUCCACAGCAUUGGAUUGUGAAAAAUGCCAAACUGGAUAAAUGC